UUUUUUGAAACAUAAAAAUAAAUUUUUUGAAAGUGUUUUGAAAGUUAAAGCGCAAUCUGUGCUAACUUUUUCUUUAAAGAAAAAAAUAAUUUAAAAAUAUUUUAAAUUAAAAAUCCGGCGCUGCUGCUGUUGUUAAACGCCAAUUAUUAAUAAAUAAAAGAAAUUAACAAAUUUUGUCGCUUGUUUAGUUCGGUUUAAGCUGUAGUAACGGCGACGACGACGACGAAAACGACGAAGCCUGGUGCCCAUAAGACAUUCCGUGCGUCGAAUUUCGGUUGUAGCAAAAAAAUCAGCGCACAGCAGGAAAAACGCGUACAAAUUUCCACAACAAACUUGUUUCCUGCGAUUUUGGCGUGUAAAACGUAUAAGGGAAAUGUAAAUUAUUCGCCCCCUUCAAUUUCGUAUUUUCUGAUAAAGCGUCAACUCAAGCAAGUUCGCGUACAAAAAAAUAAGAAACAUACGCGGAAAAAAUUCCAAAAAAUUUAAUAACUGUAAAAACAUAGACACGCGCGUUACUGUGUUAAUAUACUAGAACAAAAAAUAUUAGAUAAUAAAAAUAUACUGUUAAAAAAAAUAUUAAAAAAAUUAAAGUUCCAUUAUUUAUAUAGCGACUUUUAAAGUUUGUUUUUUGAGUGAACUGUAAGCCUCGCAAUUUAAAAAAAAAACACACAUGAAAACGCGUUGCAUAAACAAAAAAAUUAUUUACUGCAUUUUAUUAAUUUUGUAAUCACACUUUCAGAACUUAAAUACAAAAAACACUUAACGUUACCCGGAGUAAAUAACAACAAAUACGUAGCGUAAUUAAAACAAAAAAAAAGCAAAAUAUCGGAAUAAGAGCGAAAAACCAGCGUAAGAAACGCUUAAUUAACGCGUCAUUGGCGACUUUGCACGCUUCUACAGCAAAGCUGUUGCGCAUUUCAUGUGCCUUUAACGAUCUUUUCUUUAUUACGGGUGAUAUUCGUAGCCGUUAAUUUUAUACGUAAAUAAUUGAUGGGAAUCACCAAAGCGAAACAUCUUGGUCAAUUAGUCUAAUCAGCUUUAAUUUAUAUUAUAAAUAAAUAAAACGAACAAUCAUAUUAGCAAUUGAUAACACAAAUAAUUAAAGAGAACUCAGCAACAGAAAAGAGUGAGCAGACAGAGAGAGAGAGUGACUAUAUAAUAAGGAGAAGUUAUUUAAGGCUUGUGAACAAUUUGAGCUGACAAAAUGACAGGUUUCAGCAACGGAGGUUUCGAAAACGAUGAACCAGUGAAGCCAAAAGCUGGUUUUGAGCCAGACACAGCAUCACUCAGAGAGAAAGUCAUUUUAAAUCCGGGCGAAAAAUGGCGCAUUUUGAAAAAUAUCUCCAUCAUAUCAUUUGCAUUCAUGGUACAAUUCACAGCGUUUCAGGGCACGGCCAAUUUACAGUCCUCGAUUAAUGCCAAAGAUGGCUUAGGCACUGUGUCGUUGAGCGCCAUUUAUGCGGCGCUCGUCGUCUCAUGCAUCUUCCUACCCACACUUAUUAUACGCAAAUUGACUGUGAAAUGGACGCUGGUCUUCAGUAUGCUGUGCUAUGCGCCGUACAUUGCCUUCCAAUUGUUCCCAAAAUUCUACACAUUGGUUCCUGCUGGUAUACUAGUCGGUCUGGGUGCCGCACCUAUGUGGGCAUCUAAGGCCACCUAUUUGACACAGGUCGGUCAAGUUUAUGCGAAAAUCACCGAACAAGCUGUGGAUGCGAUUAUUGUACGGUUCUUCGGCUUCUUCUUCUUGGCCUGGCAAACGGCCGAACUGUGGGGAAAUCUGAUCUCGAGUUUGGUGCUUUCGAGCGGCGCUCAUGGCAGUGGUGGCGAUGCCAAUGCAACCAUUUCCGAAGAGGAUCUGCGUGAGUGUGGUGCCAACUUCUGUGUGCAACAUACCAAUGGUGGACACGGCAACUUGAAUCGCCCACCAGAUCAUGAAAUCUUCGAAAUCUCCAUGAUCUACUUGUCCUGUAUCAUUGCUGCUGUUGCCAUUAUUGCCAUCUUCUUGGAUCCACUUAAACGUUAUGGUGAGAAACGUAAGGGCUCACAGUCGGCACAAGAAUUGUCUGGCAUGGAAUUGCUUUCGGCCACUUUCCGUCAAAUGAAGAAACCCAACCAGCAAUUGCUCAUUCCCAUUACCGUUUUCAUUGGCAUGGAACAGGCUUUCAUCGGUGCUGAUUUCACACAAGCUUAUGUAUCGUGCGCUUUGGGUAUCCAUCAAAUCGGUUUCGUCAUGAUCUGUUUCGGUGUGGUCAAUGCGAUUUGCUCGAUUCUCUUCGGUUCAGUGAUGAAAUAUAUUGGCCGUCUACCCAUUAUUAUACUUGGCGCUGUAGUGCACUUCACACUCAUCUCAGUGGAAUUAUUCUGGCGUCCCAGUCCCGAAAAUCCACUCAUCUUCUACGCUAUGUCUGGUUUGUGGGGUGUCGGUGAUGCUGUGUGGCAGACACAAAUUAACGGUCUUUACGGUUUGCUCUUCCGCCGCAACAAGGAAGCGGCCUUCUCCAACUAUCGGCUCUGGGAGUCUGCCGGUUUUGUCAUCGCCUAUGCAUAUGCCACAACAUUGUGUGCGCGCAUGAAGCUUUAUGUGCUCUUGGCUGUGUUGGCUUUGGGAUGCGUGGGCUACACCAUCGUAGAGAUUCUGCACAGAAGAAAGCAACGCAAAGUCAAGAAACAAGAGAAAUUGGAGGCUGCCGCCAAGGAGAAGGAAGCCGCUGCCGCAGCAGCUGCUGCCGAGGCUAAUGCCACCGCCGAAGUGGAGGAGACCGACGAUGAGUUGGAUGAUCUCGAAGAAGAUAUUGUUGUGACGCAUUUCUAAGUCCACUUCCGCAUACAUAAACACAUACAUACACACACAUACAACAUACUCACACAUUCACGCAUCUGCAAAAACAAAAACGCCUUCCAUAAAGUAAAUGCAACCCGGCAUGUAUGCAUGUAUGUACAAUGCAUACGUUGGUAUGCAAGUGAAAGUUUGAUGUUUGGUGUAGGCUUGUAAAAGCUCUUAUUUCUGUGCUGAAAACAUGAAAGCUCUAGUGCUGAAAGGAUGAAAGCUCUAAUGUUAAAAAUAUGAAAGCUCUAGUGCUAAAAGCAUAAAAGCUCUGAUGACGGAAAGCAUAAAAGCUCUAAUGUUAAAAGUAUGAAAGCUCUAGUGCUAAAAGCUCUAAUGUUGAAAUCAUGAAAGCUCUAAUGUUGAAAGCAUAAAAGCACCACAAGCCACACCCGCACACAUAUAUAUAUAGACAUUCAAACGAUGAAAGCUUUUGUUUUUGUUUGUUAAUCUCCUAAGAGAGCUUUUAAGUGUUGACGUGUAAGCGUGUUUGAUUACUUUUUCGUUUUUUUGUUGCUUUAUUUAGACUACAAGAAAAGCGCUCUUUUAUAAAAGGGCGCAUAUAUACAUAUAUUUGCAUGUAGAGAGAGUAGUAAGAAGAAUGCAUGAAAAAGAGCAUAAAUCAAAAAUUCAUUUUCAUAAAAGCUUUGAAAGUGAACUUUUGUGUGGAAGCACGAGUUUCAAGCAUUUUUCGCCUGCUCCCUCCCUCCUCACCCAGUUGUUACUUUGUUGAAUUGUAUACUAUUUUGCAUACAAAAAGACACAAGUUUAAAGUAAAUACUAGUAGAAGAAGUAAUUAAUAAUUAAACAGUUAUGAUUGCAAGUAAUGUGUUAUAAAGUUUAGUAGUUAUUUAGUUCAAUAAGUACAAUAGAAACAUUGCAAAACACACUUGCGAAAGCACACAAAUACACACACACAGCACACACGUUAACAUAGUAAAAGACCACUCAGAACAUAAAAAAAAGCUUAAAAGCUACUAAAAAGCAAAUUGUAAAUAAGUAAAGCGAAAGGAAAUAACGCAAUAAUUACGGUAAAUGGAAGUGAAAAGUACUGUAGAAAACGAAAAAAGACGAAGAGAAAUUGUAAAAAAAUAUUUACUGUACAAAAACAAAAGCUGCGCAGAAAAAGCUUUUAAAAAAUUUUCGAUUUUUUAAAGCAUUACAAAAACAAAAAAAGCGCCUUCAAAAAUUGACUUCCAUUGCAAAGAAGAAAAGAAAUGCUAAAAAUUUAUAUUAAAAACUUGUGAGGCUAAUGGUGUGUUUUUUCGCAGCUUAAAAGCUCCACAUACACACACACCACUGGCGCCUACAAAAUAAAUGAACAAAAUCUAAAUGAAAACACUGUAAACUAUUAAAACAGCGGCCUUUUCGAAGGUGUUAUAUAAUAAUGAAAAAAAAAAUGUUUAAAGACAAAACGAAAAUAUUGAAGUAUACAAACUUUAGCGCUCCUUAACGGGCAAAACAAAAUUAUAAUACACAUACAUACAUAUAUAUACAUAAAAUAUAGUUUUAAGUCAACCGCUUAGCGCUUAAGUCUACUUUAGUAUAAAAAUAUAUAGGUAUAAAAUGUGAAACCAACGCUCAAAAACAAAAAAAUAUAUAUAAUUGCAAAAACAAAAAUAAAGCACAAAAUUACUAGAAGAAAACGUGCUAUUUAAAUGAAAAAAAAAAUAGAGUAAAGAAUAGUAUUUGGCGCGCAUAAUUAACAAAAAUUUAAAUUUAUGUUGUUUUUAUUUUAAAUAAAUUUAAAAUCCGUUUUUAUGCGCGCACAAAUUUUGAAAAAUAUUUUUUUUUUUGUUUUUGCUUACGAGAAGCUGAAAUUGUAGUAAAAAUAGUAACACAAUAAAUAUUCCGCAGCAUAAAAGUUAAAAUUAAAAUCAUUAAAAGCGUUAAUUACAAAUUGAAAUGGAAUAAUUAAAAAAAAAUUGAAUGCGAUAAUUAAAAAUUAAAUGCAAUAAUUAAAAAAAUUAUAUACAAUAAUUGAAAAAUUAAAUACAAUAAUUAAAAAAAUUAAAUACAAUAAUUAAAAAGAUUUAAUGCAAUAAUUAAAAACAAUUAUAUACAAUAAUUAAAGAAUUAAAUAUAAUAAUUGAAAAACAAUUGAAUGCGAUAAUUACAAAUUGAAAUAAAUUAAUUAAAAAAUUAAAUACUAUCAUUAAAAAAUUAAAUUCAAUAGUUAAAAUUUGAAAUUCAAUAAUUAAAACAAUUUAAAUUAAUUACAAAAAUUAAAUACAAUAAUUAAAAAAAUUAAUGCAAAAAUUCAAAAAUUAACUACAAUAAUUAAAAAAAUUAAAUACAAUAAUUAAAAAAUUAAAUACAGUAAUUAAAAAAAUUAAAUACAAUAAUUAAAAAAAUUAGAUACAAUAAUUAAAAAUUUAAAUUCAAAUUAAUUUAAAAAAAAUUUUAAAAUUCCAAAUUUGUUUUUAAAACCAUAAAAAUAAAAAUUUAUGUUUAAAACAUGAAAUAAAAAGGAUAAUUGAAAAAAAAUUGUUGUUAGUAAAAAACAAAAAAAAAAACGCAAAGAAAUAUACGAGUAUGAUUCACAAUGAGUAACAUAAAAUGUACUUAUAUAUUUUGCUCAGUAUUAUAAUGUUAAUGUUUAAGUGAUGCUUGUUUUUCUUUUAUUUUUUUUGUUUGAGAGAAAAUAGCUUAUACUUUACUAUCACCCUAACUGUGUAUUACUCAUUAUAUUUCUAAACACCUUACCUUUGUGGAAAAGUUAAAAAAAAAAUAAAUUUAUUUUUUCUUUCUCAACUUUCGCUGUCUCUAGAAAUUUUGAAAAUUUUACUGUUUUUACUACGCGCAAACUCCGCGGCUUCCUUUCACACAGCCUGCUCAGUCUCAUUUUCUUGUAAUAAAAUUUAAUUUAAAUUAAAAAGAAAAAAAAAAAAACUAAAUUAUUUACUAAUUCUUCGCCUACUAUUAUAUUUAGUACUUUUACGCUCAUAAAUACGUAUGCAAACUGUUUUAUUUUUCCUCUUCUUGUAAUUGCAUAUGUAUGUAAUUACAUAACCUGCAUUUUUAUUAUAGUCCUUUAAGUAGUUGUAUUGCAACCUUACACUUCCUUCCGCACACUUGUUCACCUUAACUAUGUACAUACCUAUGUAUUAUUUGAAGUUAAUUCAAAAAACCACAUACUUACAAGUUCUGAUAUACAAUUAUCUUAUAUGGAUAGCAGCUAUAUAACUGUAAACGACAAUAAGCAAGUGAAAAAUGUGUGGACUUCAUGCGUAAUAUAUUAUGUAAUUACAAUUACUAUUGCAAUAUACUAAAUAUAUACAUACAUAUAUAUAUAUUUAU